AUGGCUAUAUUCCUGUCAAUCAAAGUUCAUUUCCAAGGUGUGUUCAUCAACAAACCUUUUUGUUAUUUUGAUGGUGUUCAUCAUGUGUUCGAGAACGUCGAUUUUGCCGGUAUGUCAUUUAAUGAGUUUGUGGGUUUUCUUGAACGAUUCACACAAGAGAAGUGUGAGAAAGUUUAUUAUUGUCAACCCAAUUUACAAAUCCCAAAAGGUUUAACCUUGAUUUUGAAUGAAUGUCAAUAUCAAGAAUUUAUAGACAUUGCUUAUCAAUGUGGAGUACAAGUUUCUAUUUACAUGGACCAUUUUGGUACUACUGUGCAUGUAACGAAGGCAAAUGAAAAUGAAAAUGAGGAUAAUUGUUCUGUCAAGUCAAACAUGUCAAUCGAAGGGGAAGAAGGUAUUGACCUAACUGAAAUUAAGAGUCCACAAGAAAUCAACAUGGAAGGAAUAACCUAUGAAGGAGUAAGUCAUGGUAAUGAAAAUGAGGAGGCCACAGAAGGUGAUCCAAAAGACGAUGAAGAUGAUAAUGUCCCAGAUAUGAAAGGAAAACUAAUGUUUAAUGAAGACAUACCUUGGAAGAAGCAGUUGUCAAUUCUAGGUAUGAGGGAUGGUAACAAUCAUAUAUACCCAAUAGAUUGGGCUAUAGUUUGUGUUGAAAAUAAAGACAACUGGAAAUGGUUCUUAGAAAACUUGCAAGAAGAUAUGCAUCUUGAAGGUGGUUUUGGUAGGACAUUGAUGUCAGAUCAACAUAAGGGGAUAAUUGAAGUUGUGAAAGAUUUAUUUCUAGAGAUAUAA